ACUCGGCCGCGAGUCACGUACUACUUGCGUCACUUGAUCGACACGGAGAAGAUAGCACUUUCAAGUGCUCGUUUGAUCGGCGCAACAGAACCAAAUAGAAACGUCUGUUGUUUGUGUGGAGAGGUGACACUCCACACAUCGACGAGGGAGACUUGGAGGUCUUCCCCUUCUCUCCGCGUCGCCUCUUCCCCGUUUCGCUCUUCCGUCUCCUUCCUUCACCGUCGGAUGGAAUCUACCGGAGCCACCUUCUUCUUCGCUCGAUCGGCCUUUCCUCCCACCGCCGUCACCGCCGUCAAGGACGCGCGGCUUUUCUUGGCGUCUGGCGGGCGGUGGCGGAGGCCCUCGGUGUUGCCGGUUGUGGCGGCGGCACUGGAUAAAGGCCCCGGGGCGUCGGGAAACGGCGGUAAGAAGACCGGCGGCGGAGGUGUGCCCAACUCCAACUACGUCGUGCCGCUCGACCUGACGCCCUCCUUCAUUCGCCCCCUCAAGGAGAUCCUCCGCGACCUCAACAAGCGAGUACCUGACAACAUCAUCAACGCCGCUGACAACUCCGUCCCUUGGUAUCAUGCUAAUAGAAUGCUGAGCUUCUAUGCCCCAGGCUGGUGUGGAGAAGUACGUGCUAUUGAGUUUUCAGACAAUCAUGUGACUGUGGUGUAUCGUGUUACUGUACGAGGAUUAGAUGGGGAGAUACACAGGGAGUCUACAGCAACAGUGUCCUUGAACGAUGGCCGGUUUGAAGAUCCACUUGCAGCAGCCGAAGAACUAGCAUUUUGCAAAGCCUGUGCUCGAUUUGGUUUCGGCUUGCAUCUUUACCAUGAGGAGACACCCAAAAAUAUAUGAUAGAUAGAAUUUAUGCAACUCUUGUUUUGGGAUAAACAGUAUGCAAUCUGGUAGUCGCUCGUAGGAGUUGAGCCACCUUCAUGAUGUUGUAUGGCUUUAGAAAUUUCUUUCACUGAAAUAGGAAAAACCAUAUGUUAUCAGAUGUAAAUAUCAAACUUGGGUGGUUUGCAAAUUUUGAUUUGGUGGUUCAUUAAGUUCUCUUGCUACCUUUGUCUAGAUGUUGUCAAUUCUCAUGUUUCAAGGUGUUUAG